AUGACCCACUGCUGCUCCCCUUGCUGCCAGCCUAGCUGCUGCAGGACCACCUGCUGCAGGACCACCUGCUGGCAACCCACCUGUGAGACCACCAGCUGCAGCACACCCUGCUGCCAUCCCAGCUGCUGUGAGUCCAGCUGCUGCCAGCCUUGCUGCCGCCCAACCUGCUGUCCAACCACCUGUUGCAGGACCACCUGCUGGAAACCUACCUGUGAGACCACCUGCUGCAGCACACCCUGCUGCCAGCCCAGCUGCUGCUACCACCCCACCUCCGUCUGCCUGCCUGGUUGCCUAACCCAGAGCUGCGGAUCCAGCUGCUGCCAGCCCUGCUGCUCCCCUUGCUGCCAGCCCACCUGCUACAGGACCACCUGCUGCCAGCCCAGCUGCUGUGAGUCCAGCUGCUGCCAGCCUUGCUGCCGCUCAACCUGCUGUCCAACCAGCUGUUAUAAUCUAACAUCACCAACUUGCUAUGAGUGA